AUGCGUUCAUCUUACGAUUCUUUACAUCAUUCAUCAUUAUCCUCGACUUCUAAUCGUAAUCAUCGUCAUCCAACUCCAUCAAAUUAUUUAGAUUUAAAUUCAUCAGUUGGUGGAAGUGAACGAGCAGAAUUUCGUGAUCGUUAUCAAAAUCGAUAUGCAUGGCUUGAAAAAAAUCAUGUGAAUGAAGUUGGAUCACAAUAUAAUACAUUAGGUAAGAAAGUUGAUCAUAAACCAUCAGCAUGGAGAUGUGAAGAUCAAACAGAAGCUGGAAAAGAAUUUUUACGUAUGAAUGAUGAAUGUGCUGAUAAAAUUUAUGAUAUUCGUGAACGAAGUGACAUCAAUCGUGAAUUUCUUCUUAAUUCAGAUGGUGUUGCAUCUAGAUUUUAUCAAAUGGAAGCAGAUGCUUUAAAAAAUCGUUACGAAUUAAAUAAUAUGAAACGUAAAUUAGAUGGUAUUAAACAAUUACGUGCUCGUUUAUUCAAAUAA